AUGGUUCAGUGGGCGCGGCUGUUCAGCGACGAGCCUCGGCGAGGCCGGCACUACCUGCAAGAGACCAGUCGAUUGCUUCCUCGUACUCGCGAUCAAGCUAUCACGCCUGCUCUGCCAGCAAAGGAGGUGACAAAGGUAGCUCUGCGACUGAAGCAUCUGGUUGAGCAGGUCGUCUCCUGCGAGCUCGAGGAGUCUCUCAUCACCAAGGCCAACAGCACUGUCAUCACCAAGGAGGUUAUCCAGACUGCCAGAGAGGCCGGUGGAGAGGAGAACCGCGCCUGUGUCGUCUUCUGUUUGCUUGUCUGCGUGCGAUGGUUCAAGAUUCAGGCACUGGUAGAGCUCUGGGACUCCGAUCUCCAUGACCUCCGCGCAGUCGCGUGCGAGAUCCUUGCCAAACGAGUGAUCGAGGCAGAGGAAGACCAGGACUAUCUCAUGCUCGAAGUGCUUCUCAAGCGGUACUCGAUUCUGCGAGAUGGAGAGGCAACUUCGCCUGCAAACGUGAUUGAGCGUGCGGUCGACCUCCAUGCAUUGAGUGUGAUCGGAUCUGCUGGAUACCAGAAGUGCAUCAAGUACCUCUGGCAGGGCUGGCUGUGCCAGGACGACCAGGAUCCUACCAACUUCAUCGAGUACAGAGAGAGGAACAAUCCUUCUUACUGGUCCCAUUUCAACCCGGACAGACUCAGAGCACCAGUCUAUCAGAAUGCCGUCCAGGUCUUCUUCUCCAUUCUCUACCUUGUCCUUUUCACUAUUGUGAUCAACACCGUCAACCCAACUGGUGACCUGGACGUGGUAGAAUGUAUCCUCUAUGGCAUGACUCUCGGCUUCAUCCUCGACGAAGUCACCAAGUUCUGGAAAGUCGGCCGUUUCUACUUUGGAUUCUGGAACGCUUUCAAUUCCUCCCUUUACACUCUCCUCCUGGUCUCCUUCAUCCUCCGAAUCGUCGCCUUGACACAUUCGAAGGAUGUCGACAACGAAACACGCAACUACUACAAUCAGCUGAGCUACAACUUCCUUGCCUUCUCGGCCCCAAUGUUCUGGGGUAGACUGCUUCUCUACCUGGAUACCUACCGCUUCUUCGGCGCCAUGCUUGUGGUCCUGAAGGUCAUGAUGAAGGAGAGUUUGAUCUUCUUUGCUCUCUUGGCCGUUGUUAUCAUUGGCUUCUUGCAAGGAUUCGUUGGUAUGGACCAGGCUGACCCUGACAAUAAUAUGACUGCCAUCAUGCUCCUCCAGGGUAUGGCCAAUACAGUCUUGCAGAACCCUUCAUUCGAUGAGUUCCAGGGCUUCGCUCCGCCUUUUGGUAUCCUACUUUACUACCUAUUCACUUUCGUGGUGAUGGUUGUCCUACUCAACAUCUUGAUUGCUCUAUAUAACAGUGCAUACGAGGAUAUCACUGGUAACGCGAUCAAUGAAUACAUGGGUCUCUUCGCCCAUCGAACCCUCCAAUAUGUCCGAGCUCCGGAUGAGAAUGUCUUCAUUGCCCCAUUGAACUUGGUCGAAAUCUUUUGUCUUAUCAUUCCUUUCGAAUGGUGGAUGCCUUCUGACCGCUACGACAAACUCAACAAUUAUGUCAUGGGUAUUAUCUACUCUCCUCUCCUCCUGAUCACCGCAUUGCUUGAAUCAGCCAAUGCUCAACGGAUCAGACUCAACCGUCGUCUAGGCGAAGAAGACGACGACACCCAAGAAGAAUGGGAAAAUGCCGCUGAGUCCGCAGGGUUUGAUUUCAAGCGAAUUGACGAACAUCCCGACGCUGAUGCCUGGGAUAAAGUUGUUACCAAGACCAAGCCUAAUGUUGAGGUUGACCCAUGUGUCUUGGAAGUCAGGGAGCUAAAGGAACAAGUCAGACAGCUCACUCAGUUGGUUAAUACCUUGAUGGAAAGCCAGGGCAUUUCCGCCGCACCGGCAAAUGAAGAAGGCGAGUCUAGCCAGCCAACGAACGGGAAUGCGUAA